AUGCCUUCAAGCCCCGAGGCUUUGAACAGUGAGGGGUCAGCCAAGUGCCCCGUGUGUCUGGAUGUGCUGGCCGAGGGUGUGUACACCGACUGUCGGCAUGGCUUUUGCUUUGAGUGCCUCCGGGAGUCUCUCAGCCGUAACCGGGCUUGCCCUGUUUGCCGGCGACGUGUGAGCCGGGUUCUGCUCUCUGAACGUGAAAAUGAGGGUGGUGUGACCGUGGAAAACUUUUGCGAGGCGACGGCCACUCUGCACAGCCUCGAAGCUGCCGCAGACGUGCGCCCGGCGGGGCUCGCCUCGGCCCAUGGGGCUGAUGUGGCUGCCCAUGAUCCAUCAACCGCAGCUGAAGCACAUCGUCCUCCCUUGCGCCUCAGUGCUCGGCGCGUUCUCGAAGCCGGCGGCCGACGCUUUGAUCCCGUUACCGACCUUGCUGAACGACGCGCUCAAGUGUCAGAACAUGCAGAGCCCGUGGUGGAAGACCAGGCCGAGGAUCAGGACGCCUUGCUCACAACCAUCAUGCGCUUGUCCCAGCGAUUAGCCGAGGCAACGGGCGAAAACGAGCGGUUGGCUGCAGAGCGCCAACGCCUGCAAGACACGCUCGUCGCUGAGCGACAACUUCACCAGGAGCGCCUUGACGCCCAACGCCAGCAGACCCAGGACUUGCGGCGCCAACUGCAGCGCCUCGAUCGCGAUCAUGCAACAGCGCUGGAUGAGCUUCAUACCCAAAUUGCGGAUCUGUCCAAGCUAAACAAGGACCUGUGCGCGCAGCUGCGGGUGGCGCGCAUGGGUCAGCCUGCCCCGGCAGCCGGAUCCAGUCGUUUGGCUCCCUCAGCUGCCCAUAGCGCCAACGAGCGCCCGCCGCUUUCGACACAUGCCAAGGUCAAGGCUUGCGUCACAGCCCGUGGCUUUGCGCGUUUUGUUGGUGUUUCUCGCAUGAAGGCCGCCAACUUACCCCUUGCCGGACCCUCCUUUUCUGUUGGUGUUUCGCAGGCUCGAAAUCCUUUUGCCAAGCGUGCUGUCAGCUUGUUCGGACCUCGUGAGCCCGACGUGGCUGCCGAUGUAGAGAACGACGACAACGAUUCCGUACAACUGCGUCGGGUGGCAUCAAGUGAGCAGCAGUUUGCAGCCAUCGUCCAGCCCCCUGGUCGUGCCCCGCGCGCCAAGCGUCACCGGGCGAUCGAGAUGGAUAGCCUGCAGCCCACCUGCUGUAGCCAAGACUCCAAAAAGUCGAACCACACGAGCGGUGAGAGCAGAGCCAGAGCAGAGCCAGAGAGAGAUAGAGAUCAAGAGAGAUCAAGAGAGAUCAAGAGAUCAAGAAGAGAGAUCAAGAGAGAGAGAGAGAUCAAGAGAUCAAGAAGAGAGAUCAAGAGAUCAAGAGAUCAAGAAGAGAGAUCAAGAGAGAGAGAGAGAGAUCAAGAGAUCAAGAGAGAUCAAGAGAUCAAGAAGAGAUCAAGAGAGAGAGAGAGAGAGAGAGAGAGAGAGAGAGAUCAAGAGAGAGAUCAAGAGAGAGAGAGAGAGAGAGAGAGAGAGAGAGAGAUCAAGAGAGAGAUCAAGAGAGAGAGAGAGAGAGAGAGAGAGAGAGAGAGAGAGAGAUCGAGAUCAAGAGCGAUGUCACCAUAA